AUGAUCGUUAAAGAGGAUCUUACGCCAUUACUGGGUGCCAGAGUUAUUCAACAAAUGGGGUUAGUAGAAAUUCACAUAGAAAAGUUCGAGCAAGUUGUGGGUAUGGGAAUAAAGGAUACCCCGAAGGGAGCCUGCAGAGACCUUGUGAAAGAAUACGAUGAUGUGCUUACCGGAGAACUUGGGACUCUUUAUGGUGAACAGCAUUUGGAAGUUGAUCCGUCUGUGACACCCACCGUCUCACCAUCCCGUCGAGUACCAUUCGCAGUGAAACCUAAACUAAAAGCAGAGCUUGACCGUUUGGCAGAUCUUGGAGUCAUUACUCUGGUAGAUGAGCCCACUGAUUGGGUAAGUAAUUUGGUUAUUGCAACGAAAGAGUCUGGUGACAUUCGCCUUUGCAUUGACCCUAAACAGCUCAACGGUGCUCUAAAGCGAGAAAGAUACCCAAUACCAGUAAUUGAUGAUGUCUUGCCUGAUUUGGCUAAGGCCAAAGUCUUCACUAAAGUUGAUGCACGGAAUGGCUAUUGGCAUGUCCAGCUUGAUGAACCAUCCAGCAGGCUGACAACGUUCGACACGCCCUUUGGUCGGUAUAGAUGGAAGCGUCUGCCCUUUGGUAUCUGCGCGGCCUCCGAAAUAUUCCAAAAGAGACUGAAUCAGGCGCUAGAUCGAUUGGAUGGCCUACUGACGGUCCAUGACGAUAUGGUCAUUUAUGGUGUUGGCGAAACCGAAGAGGAAGCAAUUGUGGAUCAUAAUACGAAGCUGGAAGGGUUUUUUCAACGCUGCAGAAAGACCGGAAUUAAGCUUAACAAGAAGAAAUUGAUGUUGCUCUGCAAGGAAAUUCCAUAUCUUGGUCAUUUAGUUACGAAAGAUGGGCUAAAGCCAGACCCGGAGAAAGUGGAAGCGGUGUUGAAAAUGCCAAGACCGGAAAACGUGAAAGCAGUCCGGAGAUUUUGUGGGUUUGUGAACUAUCUCUCGAAAUUUAUGCCACACCUAGCUGACGUCAUGAAGCCCCUGCAACAGCUGACACACAAGGAUGCGCAAUGGCAAUGGAACCAUGAGCACGAUGCAGCAUUUGGAAAGUUGAAACUAAUGAUUUCGAAUGCCCCAGUAUUGAAGUUUUACCACCCAGAAGAUGAGUUGACGGUGCAAUGCGAUGCCAGUGAGAGAGGGUUAGGAGCGACUUUGAUGCAAAGAGGGCAGCCUAUAGCAUUUGCAAGCCGGACACUGACCGAUCCUGAAACGAGAUAUGCUCAGAUUGAAAAAGAGAUGUUGGCGGUCAUAUACGCAAUGCAGAAGUUUGAUCAAUAUGUGUACGGGCGAUUUGUGACAGUCGAAAGUGACCAUAAACCAUUGGAGUCGAUUGUAAGGAAGCCAUUACGAAGUGCACCAAAGAGAUUGCAGGGCAUGUUGUUGAAGAUGGAAAAAUACGAGGUAAACAUCGUCUAUAAGCCAGGAAAAGAGAUGUAUUUGGCUGACACGCUUAGCCGGGCUCCACUGAAUUGUUCCAGGAACGUACAAGAAGAAUUUGAGAGAGUAAACGCUGUGAAGUCACUGCCAAUGUCGCCCGAAAGGCUCGAAGCAAUCCGGAAAGGUGUCGAGGCUGAUGAGGUUCUACAACAACUUAAGCUCAUGAUAUUGCAAGGGUGGCCGGAGGAAAAGCAGAGUUUGCCAACGAUAUUAACGCCCUAUUUCAGCUUCAGAGAUGAGUUGUCUGUCUACGAUGGACUAGUAUUUAAAGGAGAGAGAUUAAUCAUUCCAAAGGAAUCAAGGAAACAAAUGUUGGCAGAAAUCCACAGUUCUCACAUCGGCAUCAAUGGUUGUCUUAGAAGAGCAAGAGAGUGCAUCUUCUGGCCAGGGAUGACGGCCGAGAUUAAAGCAAAAGUGGCGACAUGUGAAACAUGUCAAGAGUGUCCGAUGAAGCAGCAGCAGAAGGAAACGUUAAUGAACCAUGAGUUAGCACACAGACCAUGGGAAAAGGUUGCAGCUGAUAUUUUCACAGUAACUGGCAAGGACUAUCUAAUCCUCGUUGACUAUUAUUCCAACUUCUGGGAGAUAAAUCGAUUACUUAAUACGAAGGCGAGCACUUGCAUAAGAAAGAUAAAGAGUCACUUCGCACAAAAUGUCAUCCCUGACGUGUUAGUUAGUGACAAUGGGCCCCAGUUCUCAGCUGAGAAGUUUGCAAAGUUUACCAAGGAAUGGGGUAUUGAGCACCGAACAAGCAGCCCUGGACAUCAACAAGCAAAUGGGAAAGCAGAAGCGGCGGUAAAGAUGGCAAAGAGUCUCAUACGUAAAGCAGAAGCAUCCAAAGGGGAUAUAUAUUUGGCGAUUUUAGCACAACGCAACACCCCGACUGAGGACUUCGAAUCUAGUCCGGCUCAACGGUUGCUCGGACGACGUUGUAAGACACUACUGCCGACCACCACCGCGUUAUUGAAACCACAAGCGCUCAGUCGGGAGAAUGUUCUGAAAGAAGGAAGAGCUAAGCAAGAAAAACAGGCGCACUAUUAUAAUAAAAGUGCGCAAGAUCUCCCAACGUUGGAGGAAGGAGAUGUGGUACGAAUGAGACCAUUCACAAUGAACAAGAAGACUUGGGAAAAAGCAACGGUCGCCAGAAGGUUAGACGAGCGGUCAUUUGAAGUAGAGACCCCAGCAAUGAAUUACCGUCGAAAUCGAGUUGAUCUUAAAAGAACGGACGAAACGUAUAUGACAGACGAUGUGAAUAAUGAAGUUCUAAAUCAAGAAAGAGAAUCGAUUGAGAAGUCUCGUCCAAACACAAGGAGUGUGAAAAAGGCGAAGGAAUCAGUUGAAGUAUCGUCAACGGAAAAGACUGGUGGAGAAGAUGUGUCAAAUGAACAAAGACAGGGAAAUGAGGUCAUGAGCAAGUCUGUAAAUCCGCGACCUCCAGUUGAAGUCAGGUCAAGGCCAAAAAGAACUACGAGAGAACCGGCAUAUCUAAAAGAUUAUGAUAGACGGUGA